AUGGCUAAAUCAAUGACAAGUUCUACAUUUCAAACGCCAAUGAUUUCUUCCAUUCCUGCUCUUCAUGCAUUCGAUUUUCAAACUAGUGCUUGGCAAUCGUAUCGUGAUCGAAUUAAUUUCUAUUUCAAAGCAAAUCGUCUUGAUACUGAUUAUGAUAAAAAAAAAGCAUUAUUCUUAUGGCCUGUUGGCGAUACAACAUAUAAUUUACUUGAAUUAUUAAUAUCACCAUGUUCAUUAACGGAUGAUGAUACAAAAUUUGCUGAUUUAAUUAAAUUAUUAGACAUUCAUUAUGAUGCUACAAAAAAUAUCCUGAUACCCACGUAUGAUUUUUAUUCUUGUUAUCAAAAAACAGGUCAAUCAUUUGCUGAAUGGAACGCUGAAUUGUGUGAUAAACUUCGACAUUAUGUGCAUUUACCACAUCUUGUUUAA